AUGUCAAGUGAGAUGAUUACUGUUAGUAUUGGAGGUGUUCUUGCUUCUGGAAUUCAUGCUCAUGUGGGAGUGGUGCAAAGAAUAUUUUUAUGGAGUGAGAUGGAGCUCAUAAGUGAUUUAAAGAAACCGUGGCUUGUUAUUGGGGAUUUCAACUCUAUAGUUUCUUCUGAAGAAAAGAUUGGUGGAAGAGCAGCUAAUAGUAGGGUGAUGCAAGAAUUUAAUACUUAUCUUGAUAAUUGUGAAUUAAUUCAAGCUCCAAAGUCUGGGUUACAAUUCUCUUGGUCUAACUUUGUGUUGAGAAUUGCCUCUGAUCAUGCACCCUUAUUAGGUGUAAGUGAAAGCAUUCCCAAGCCUUCAAAUAUACCUCUUAAAUUUCAAAAAAUGUGGUUAAGUCAUCCUGGUUUCAUGGACUUAGUGUCUAAUUGCUGGAAUGAAGAAGUUGUUGGUGAUCCUUCUUUUGUUUUACUUCAAAAAUUAAAAAAAUUGAAGAAUAUUUUGAGAGACUGGAAUUGGAAUGUUUUUGGUAAUGUAAAUGUCAAAAUUAAAGAAGCAGAAGAGGAAGUUCAUAAAGGAAUGGAAUUAUCAGACAACAAUCCUGCUGAUACUGAAAUAUUGAAUAAUUUGGUUAUAGAUGAAAAUAAUUAUAAUUCUAGAGAAGUGCAACUCAAAAAAAUGCUGCAACAAAAAACUAGAACAAAAUGGGUCAAGGAGGGUUCUGUGAAUACAAGCUUUUUUCACACUAAUUUGAAGAUUAGGCAAUCAAGAAAUUUCAUUAGUGAGAUGGAAGAUAGUAAUGGUGAUAUAAUAUCAAAUCAAAAGAAGAUAGCUGAUACCUUAGUAAAUCAUUUUGAGAAAAAUUUCCAAUUUCAAGAAACUGAAGAAGCUGAUUCUCUUCUUGAAGUCAUUCCAGAGGUUAUCACUGAAGAAGAUCAACAUAUGCUUGAUGCGGUUCCAAAUGAAGAAGAGAUAAAUGAAGCUAUUUUUAAUAUGGAUCCAGAAAGUUCUCCAGGCCCAUAUGGUUUUUCAAAUUGUUUCUGUAGAGCUUGUUGGCAUAUGAUUCAUGCAGAUUUUGUUCAAGCUAUUUAG